AUGAACUACAUUCACGACGGGCUGGAUGACUCACUGUUUGUUGCUCACCGGGACUGGGGCGAGCGCUUCUCACGUCUCUUUCCCCGCUUCUCCUCGUGGCCCAACUCGUGCCGCCCGGACCGGCGGCUGGUGGUGGGGUACAUAUCGCCCGACUACUUCACCCACUCCGUCUCCUACUUCAUAGAGGCUCCUUUGACUUACCACGACCCUAAUGUGGUCAAAGUGGUGGUCUAUUCAGCCGUGGUCAAGGCGGAUGGGAAAACCAGCCGGUUCAAAGAAGCAGUCCAAAGUAAAGGCGGGGUGUGGCGGGACAUAUUCGGGGUGGACGAGAGGCGAGUGGCAGCCAUGGUGCGGGAAGACGGAGUGGAUAUACUGGUGGAGCUCACAGGGCACACGGCCAACAACCGACUGGGCGUGAUGGCGUGCAAGGCCGCGCCCAUCCAGGCCACGUGGAUUGGAUACCCGAAUACCACAGGACUGAGGGCCAUUGACUACCGGCUGACUGACGCCCUGGCUGACCCCCCCAGCAGCAGCCAGAGGCAUGUAGAGGAGUUGGUGCGCCUUCCAGGAUGCUUCCUCUGCUACACCCCCUCGUCUGAAGCAGGGCCAGUGUCCCCCUCACCUGCGGUGGCCAAUGGCUUUGUGACAUUUGGCAGCUUCAACAACCUCGCCAAGAUCACCCCUGCUGUGGUCCGCCUGUGGGCGCGCAUCCUCCUAGCAGUGCCUGGCUCGCGCCUGAUGCUAAAGUGCAAGCCCUUCACCUGCGCGUCCAUCAGCCAGCAGCUCAUGGCGCAGCUCGAGUCCCACGGCAUCUCCCCCCUGCGCGUCGACCUGCUGCCUCUCGUGCUGUUGAAUCACGAGCACAUGCAGAGCUACGCCGUGAUGGAUAUCAGCCUCGACUCGUUCCCCUAUGCCGGCACCACCACCACGUGCGAAUCACUUUUCAUGGGCGUACCAUGUGUCACCAUGGCGGGACGAGUGCAUGCUAACAAUGUCGGCGUUUCCCUGCUCACGAAUAUGGGCUUGCCGAACCUGGUGGCUCGGAACGAGGACGAGUAG